AAAUAAAAUUCUAUUACAUAUUUACAACUUUUUAAACUCAAGAACAUAUUUUAGACAAUACCAUUUUUGUUCAUUACUGAAAAAAUGUUACCUUUAAAUUUUAUUAUAAUUUUUCAACUUAUAUUUUCUUGCAUUUUUUAUAUAGAAACGGAAUCAAAUUCAAAUGCACGAAAUGAACCGGAAACUAAGAGACCUAUUGAAAUUGAUUUCUUUAAAAAAGAACUCAAAAAAAAAAGAGAUAGGAGGAGUCGUUCCGAAAGUGUAGAUUCUUCAAAUUUUUCAGGACCUUCAAAUGUUUUUGACCAAGAGAACGAGAAUAAUCCUAAACUUGAGGAUAAACCAGGAUUCAUCGAUUUUUUCAAUCAAGAGUUAAAAAAUGAUUCCAAAAACAAAGAAAUCAGUGAAGCCAAGCCUGUGGAAGAAGAAAAAAAAAAUAUACCAUUUCAUGUUUUCUUAUAAGUAAAUUUUCAUGUUAUAAAAAAAAACAAAUUUUAUAUAUUCAAACUAUAAAAUUGUAAAAAUUCAGUACAAAAUAAAUAAAACAUAAUUCGUGUUUCA